UGAUUUAUUGGUGAAGUCAGUUUGGACAUCUGCUAACAAUACAACAUGUCUGGAGUCAAGGGUGGACACCACCAACAACAACACUGCAAGGACCCCUGCAAGGACCCCUGCAAGGACCCAUGCCCGAACCCCUGCAAGGACCCAUGCCUGAACCCCUGCAAGGACCCAUGCCUGAACCCCUGCAAGGACCCAUGCCAGAACCCCUGCAAGGACCCAUGCCUGAACCCCUGCAAGGACCCAUGCCUGAACCCCUGCAAGGACCCAUGCCAAGACCCCUGCAAGGACCCAUGCCAAAAGCUGGACCCAUGCAAAGAUCAUCCCUGCAACCCAUGCCCACCCGACCCUUGCCAGACCCAGUAUGGAUACAGAAAGUGACGCUUCGUAUCGAAUGGAAGCAUCUCAUCAGAGGAACAAUACCUCCCUGUAACGGCUUUGCAUUUUAAGAAAUAUUCACUAUUUGUCAAUGUGUCCAAAACCUACGCAAUCCCUGGCAAUGCAUGUAAUCACAGCUCAUUCUUCUGAAAUUCUUCAUUAAACUUGCUGAAUACCA